UUCAAAGUUUGGCAUCAACGUUUUUUGCUCAGAGACUGUGGUACUGUUUUCAUCUGCGGCUUAAGCUUUGGAAAAGCUUAUAAAAGUUAGCUAUCUCAAUGUUCUCAUACGAGUGAAGUGGGUUUUCACUACCAGAAUGGAAGGUAAAGUCAUCGGACCGGGUCCAUACCGGGCGACGAAGCUGUGGAAUGAAACCAUUAAACUCUUCAGAGGAGGCAUGCCGCUGAGAAGGCACUGGGCGCACUUUCGCUACUAUGAUUGCAGUUUCACGGGAUCCGAGGCUGUGGAUUACCUGCAUGAGCUUCUGAGACGCAACUACAACUUUGGGCCUGAAGUGACACGCUACCAAACCCUCCAGCUGCUCCGGAAGUUCCUCAAGGCCCAUGUCAUUGAAGACAUCAAAGGACGCCACGGGACAGAAGACUUUGAAGACAAUAGCCAUCUGUACAGGUUCCCCACACUCUCUCCUCUGAAGUCUUUUCCAUCAAGGCCUCUGUUGAGAGACAGUUGUGACCUGCCCAGACUCAUCCGCUGGGACGACUACGAAGAACUGCCUCAGCAGGAAAACAUUGCACCCCUCAAAUCUGCUGUCAUGACUUCCGAUUUGUGGAAUAAAAGACACAGCGUAGCUAUUGGCGAUGUGCAUGAAUGCAAGCUCAUACGCAGGAAGGAGAUUACUCCAAAACAAGUGGACCACAUCUGGAAAUCCAUGACAGUUGCACAUUUACAGAGAGUGCUGGGCCUAAAGUCUUUGGAUGGAGUGUUAAACCCCUCACAUGUGAACGGCAAACACAUUGUUCACAAUGUGUUCAGUAUUAAUAAGGCGGGAAUAGUCAUAUUGGAGAACAAAGCCGAGGACAUGCCUUAUUGGGUGGUAUCAGCAAUGAAGUGCCUCGCCAACUGGCCUAAUGGCAAUGAAACCAAACAGCCAGUGUACCCGGGCUUUGAGAGGGAUGUUCUGAAAACAGUAGGGGAUUAUUUUCAGAGACUCAAAGAACCCCUGCUGACUUUCCAUCUAUAUGAAGUCUUUGUCAACAUUCUCAGUCUGCUGCAGGAGCAGGAGGUAGCCACCGAGGCUCUUCAAGUCAGCAGUCUCUUACUGCCGCCAGCCAACCGAAGACGCCUCCAGCUUUUACUGCGCCUCAUGGCGCGGGUUUGCCAGAAUCCCCACCUGCCUCCACUAAAUGACACCAUCACUACACGCACACUGAUGGUGCAAAUGUUCUCUCACUGCGUUCUGGGCUCAGUAGAUGAGAUGGACUUGGAUGAGCUGCUGGCCACCAAACUGGUGACCUUCAUGAUGGAACACCACAACACCAUCUUCCAAGUGCCCACCAAGCUGCGUUGCCAGGUUGAGGAGCACCUGUCCCAUCUCAAAAGAGUUCAGAUCAAAUAUGCAGGUUCAGAUACAGACUUCAGCGCAUCUCCAGCUUUUUGUAAACAGAUCAGUAGGGUGGAGUCUGAGGAGCAGAAGGUUAUAGGUACCCAGACACCCCUGCAGGAGCUGCUGGAGGGCCUGAUUGCAGAUAAAGAACUUCCUGCCAAAGACAAAAGAAAAAGGCUUAAACAGUUCCAGAGGUCGUACCCAGAAGUCUACCACAAUCGAUUUCCCACUGAGGAAAGCAAAGCUGCUGUGAUACCUGAGAAAACCCCUCGACUCAAACCUCAUCUCAUGUUUUUCAACCUCAAGAAACCCUUCCAGCCUUUUCAGAGGAGCUGGAGUUUUAGGGCUUGAUCUGCCACCACUGACAUAUCUACACUUUAGGCUGUAUGUGCAUCUCACCUUCAGUGUCUUGAGACAAGGAGGAAUGUGGCUGUAAUGGUGCUGGCCACAGAUUUGGUACUCUUGGUUAACCACUACGAUUUGUAUUUAAAAAACAAUGAAUUUGACUUUGUAGCACUGUUAAACUAGAGACAUUUAAAGGGUCAGUUCACUCAAAUAGCAUAAUAAUUAUAAGGGAUUUCCCACUCCCUGUGGUUUGUAGCCAUAUAGUUUGGUUGUAGCUGUGGAACAUUUGCAAGUAUUUUCUGACCUCUAAUACUAUAUACCAUGAAUGUGGAUGGUUUAACUGACCCCUUAAGAAAUACAUUUGUACUUAUUAUUGCUAGAAAACUUGAACAAAUUAUAGGAGCCACUGAUGUUUCUUAAAAUGAACUCUAAUUGUCCUAAAAUUGUGUAUUGGUACAUUUUCCUACUUCUAAAAUGCUGUAUGUUAGAAAAGUCUUAUAUAGAGUGUCCCUGAGAGCUCAACACACUGCAGCCUAAGAAUACACAUGCAACUAGACUACGGCUGCCCCCUAAAAGUCAAUGAGUCGAUGCAUCCAUCGAGAGAGAUCAUUACACUUGUUUUUUGGAGCUGCCUGUACAUCCACAGAGCAAUGCAUGAGUAACAGUGUGGCAGGCUGUAAACUUUAUAACUAAGGCUUGUCUCGAAAUAAAAUACACAAAACUAACUGACAGAGUGGGGAAGUGAUGGAAAUGGAGGGCAGGACUAAUUUCUGUUGACCACCUGCCUACCAAGAAUUGCAUGCCUGUUUUGGAAACGUGCACAGCUAAAGCAGAAACUAACAGUGCUACACCAAGUUAACACUGUCAGCAACCCAGCAGGAGAGCCACUUAGGUGGAGUAGGAUUUCUUAUCUGAGCUAUGACAUACUCCAACUUUAUGUCUAUAUGAAAAAAAGAAAAGAAUAGUUGAAUCUUCAUAUUGAACAGUCAAAUCUGAUUCCAUGGAUAAAAUCAGAUCGGGCAUAGCUGAAAAAUAGACAAAACACAAGCAAAUUGCAAGUAUUCUGUAUUUGCAGUUCAUUUCUGUAUUUUUUUUUUCUUUCUUUUCUUUUUCUUUUUUUUUUUUUUUGUUUUGUUUUGUUUACACUUUACUUUUUUCCCCUGAAUGCUGCAGCUGUGUUGUCGGCUGAGUGAAAAUAUAUUUGUAUUUUGCUUGUGUUUUGUCUUAUUUGCAUGCAUUUUCUUAAGCUGUGGUGUGUUGCGUUCUCAAGACCACCGAAUUAAAAAGCAGAAUUUAAAGUAGCUAAUUGAAUGAAAUGCAUUUCAGAGGUAUUAAUGGCUUAUGAGAUGUUAACAUUAUAGAUGUGUGAAAUGUUAAUGAUCAAAGUGCAUCAUUCUCCUAAAAGAUCAAUAUACACCUCUAUUGUACUGUAUAGUGUACUGCAUGUGCAGUGUUGGUUCUAAUUGGCUUUCAAACAUGUAAUUUCAUGAGCUUGACUCUUGUAAUGCAAAGAUUCAUUUCAUGACCAAUUUUCAGUAUUGAAUGGUCAUUAUGAUGCUGGAUACAUAAAUAUAUGUUUGUGUUUGUCAGCUAAACAGUCACUUAAUGGCAAUGAACAUAUCAAGGGUUUGCCCAGAAAGAGGUAGAGUGUAUGUGACAUGUUACAUAAAUAAGAAGCUUUAGUUGCGCCUCAGCUGAUAAUUGCAUUUGUAACUAAAGCACAAAUCAUAACAUGGGGGAAAACGGAGGAGAGAAUCAAAACAAGUAUAUAAUGUGCUGUAAACUGUCACAGGCCUUUCUCUCUAAACCCUUCCUAUAACUUACUUGAUUACUGUAUGCACUGCAUACACUGCACUCUUAACUCAUUUCAUUUUUAUACUUGUUGGUUUUAUUCUGUAUAUAAGAACUAUUUUCUGGUUUGGUACCAUAUUUCAGUGUCUCACAUACUCUCCUGUCUGUUGUCAAUGUAUUCGUCAUCAUUUUCUGUUACCUGCUGCUCUCUCUUGUCAAUCAGGUUGUUUUUCACUUAAUUUGAGACUUAGAAUUGUUUUUUUGUUUUUUGUUUUUUUGUUUUGUUUUGUUUUUUUAUAAUGAUUAAGUUCUGAUAUUUCUGUUUGGUUUUUCAUAAAUGCUCUUGAACAAAAGCAAUAAUGCUGGAAUAACUGUUACACUUGAAUUGCUGCUCUGUGCUGGAAAAAUUCAUCAGGAUAAAAGUGAAUUCACGUCGAUGCUGAUUUUCAUAUUAAAAAAAACUGCACUGUAA